UAAAUACUUGUUGCCUUGAGAAAGAGAGAGACAAAAAGCGACGAAGAAAAAGAAGGAGACAACGUAGUGCCAUUAGUGGAGUGCUUGUAGAUUUGAAAACGAGUGUAGUCUGUUGCGGUCUUCACAAGAUUUUUAAAAUGGAUGCACCUUUAAGAGAGCAAGUAAUGAUAAAUCAGUUUGUUGUAGCGGCAGGAUGCGCACACGAUCAAGCCAAACAAAUUUUACAAUCAGCACAUUGGCAAUUCGAGACAGCGUUGAGUAUAUUUUUUCAAGAUGCAGCUUUACCAUCAUGCCCACCUGGAGCUUCAACACAUUUCGGUCAGGUGAUAACGCCAUGUAAUACUCCGGCUACUCCCCCAAAUUUUCCCGAUACGUUGUUGGCUUUUUCCAAACUAUCAGCCGGUAAUGGUAACAGUCCGUCCACAAAUCAACCGAGUGGUAGUAGCGUCUCUCUACCAUCUCAAUCGCGACGCUCCCCUCAACCGGUAAUUCACCAACAACGAUAAGAUAUAGUGCCAGUGGAUGCGAGGGUCCUUGGGAUCCUUCCAAAAUCGCAGUACGCUCAGUGUAAAAACUUUAUGUAAAAAUUGGAAAUGUAAGCUAGUGAAAUUUGUUGAGAUAUGUUUAUUAUAUUUUAGUUAGGGAUUUUGUUGAAAAAAAGGAAAGAACGUUCUCUGUAUUGGUUAUUGGAACAAGUUUUUGUUUGAAAAUAAUAAAAAUUCUAAUGACCGAAUCGGUUUUUUGGGUUUUUCUUGUUCAUUCGUUUUGGAGGAAAUCUAUUAUACGCGCCGCCGACCGAGACGAUACGAGUACGAAACGAACAUUGUCGAGACAUCGUGUAUAAAUCGACAAUAAUGAAAUUUAAUCGCCCGAAAACGUACUUUCGAGCGCUCCGAGUGUACACUUUUGCGCUCGUGUGGUCUCGUGUCGCCUCGGCAAACGUAUACUGCCGAUGUAACAAAAAACUAAUAAAUCUACAGGAGAACCUCUCUAAUCCGUCGAAAAUGACUUUGUAGACUUGCUCCAUGUACUGAUGGGCAAUAUAAACCGCGCUCUUAGCACCAGUGUGUAAAAUCCGUCCUUACUAUCACCAUUCGAAUUCUCGUUCACAGUUUCUUCACUAUUAUCGUCCGAUUCCUCGUUUCGUUCACAGUUUCUUCACUAUCACCAUCCAAAACCUUAUUUUGUUCACAGUUUCUUCACUAUCGUCGUCCGAAUCCUUGUUUCGUUCACAGUUUCGUCACUGUCAUCGUCCGAAUCCUCGUUUCGUUCACAGUUUCUUCACUAUUAUCGUCCGAUUCCUCGCUUCGUUCACAAUUUCUUCACUGCCAUCAUCCGAAUCCUCGUUUCGUUCACAGUUUCUUCACCAUCAUCGUCCGAUUCCUCGUUUCGUUCACAGUUUCUUCACUAUCACCAUCCAAAACCUUAUUUCGUUCACAGUUUCUUCACUAUCAUCGUCCGAAUCCUUGUUUUGUUCACAGUUUCUUCACUAUUAUCGUCCGAUUCCUCGCUUCGUUCACAUUUUCUUCACUAUCAUCGUCCAAUUCCUCGUUUCGUUCACAGUUUCUUCACUAUCAUCGUCCGAUUCCUCGUUUCGUUCACAGUUUCUUCACUGUCAUCGUCCGAUUCCUCGUUUCGUUCACAGUUUCUUCACUAUCAUCGUCCGAAUCCUUGUUUUGUUCACAGUUUCUUCACUAUUAUCGUCCGAUUCCUCGUUUCGUUCACAGUUUCUUCACUAUCAUCGUCAAAUUCCUCGUUUCGUUCACAGUUUCUUCACUAUCAUCGUCCGAUUCCUCGUUUCGUUCACAGUUUCUUCACUAUCAUCGUCCGAAUCCUUGUUUCGUUCACAGUUUCUUCACUAUUAUCGUCCGAUUCCUCGUUUCGUUCACAGUUUCUUCACUAUCAUCGUCCAAUUCCUCGUUUCGUUCACAGUUUCUUCACUAUCAUCGUCCGAUUCCUCGUUUCGUUCAGUUUCUUCACUAUCAUCGUCCGAUUCCUCGUUUCGUUCACAGUUUCUUCACUAUCAUCGUCCGAUUCCUCGUUUCGUUCACAGUUUCUUCACUAUCAUCGUCCGAUUCCUCGUUUCGUUCACAGUUUCUUCACUAUCAUCGUCCGAAUCCUUGUUUUGUUCACAGUUUCUUCACUAUUAUCGUCCGAUUCCUCGUUUCGUUCACAGUUUCUUCACUAUCAUCGUCCAAUUCCUCGUUUCGUUCACAGUUUCUUCACUAUCACCAUCCAAAACCUUAUUUCGUUCACAGUUUCUUCACUAUCAUCGUCCGAUUCCUCGUUUCGUUCACAGUUUCUUCACUAUCAUCGUCCGAUUCCUCGUUUCGUUCACAGUUUCUUCACUAUCAUCGUCCGAUUCCUCGUUUCGUUCACAGUUUCUUCACUAUCAUCGUCCGAUUCCUCGUUUCGUUCACAGUUUCUUCACUAUCAUCGUCCGAUUCCUCGUUUCGUUCACAGUUUCUUCACUAUCGUCGUCCGAAUCCUUGUUUCGUUCACAGUUUCUUCACUAUCAUCGUCCGAAUCCUUGUUUCGUUCACAGUUUCUUCACUAUCAUCGUCCGAAUCCUUGUUUCGUUCACAGUUUCUUCACUAUCAUCGUCCAAUUCCUCGUUUCGUUCACAGUUUCUUCACUAUCAUCGUCCGAUUCCUCGUUUCGUUCACAGUUUCUUCACUAUCAUCGUCCGAAUCCAUGUUUUGUUCACAGUUUCUUCACUAUCACCAUCCAAGCUGUGGACUUUUAUUAUGUGUACUGGAAAUUGGAAAAUCCGAUUCGAUGGCGGACGAGAGGGGUUCUACUCUACUAAGAUUCGAAUUUAGUUUAACACGUUCACUGACGAAAGUAGCCGCGACUCAUUUGACAUGUACAAAUUAUUUUCGUAUGUUAUAUGGUGCUAUUAAAAAAUUUUCAGUACGUGGAUUUUUAUGAUAUUUAAAUGUUUUUCAAAUUUUUCGUAUUUUAUUCAGUUUUUCGAUUGCAUAGUUCGAUAUUCUUCUUGGAAGGGUUUAAAUCGAAGGUUUACCCAAAUAAUUGUACGAAAUAUUUUUAUUUUUGUUAGGUGUUGACGAAUAACAACUUUUGAAACACGAAUUUUUGUUUUUCUAGUUUUAUUUUGACAUGUCAAUAGAUUAUUAUGUAAAUAAAGCUUUAAGAACGCC